AUGCUGCCAGUGAGCUUGUGGCGCUUGUGCCUGAUUCUACCCAGCGCACUUGCUCAAACGGGUGAGAUAGGGUUCCUGCCGCGGCAAGUGGAUGCAUUAGAGGGAUGCCAAUUCCUCUACAAUUUCCGGUGCUGCAACUACGACUAUGUUGGCUUGGGCCGAUCGUUUGGAAGUAACGGGACGAUCACCGCAAGGCUCAAGAUACUCCCGGGCACGAAUGCAACCGAAGGAGUCGACUUCGACUUUUACCAGGACUCCGUGACGUGGCAGGAUGGCGAUGUGGAUCCGAAGGCGAUGCUGAUGGUGAUAUACAACAAUGACGUCUACGAGCCCACAAAAGUUGUGAAUCUCGGGAUCGAUGCAGACCCGGCCAGUGCCAGCUCCACUUCCGAGACAACAGCAUAUAUCCGGGACGACAACGAUGGCGGGACCGUUGAGAUCUCACCCACGGCGAUUGUUCUGGAUGAGCGUUUUGGGAACAUGGAGUGCCUUAUGUGGGCUGAGCGCUCGGGUGCAGUAGCCAGUGGAAGAACAGAGCUCACUGUUGAGUACACAGUUUGCCCAGAGAUGGUUCCAGAGCGUAAUCGCGCAGACGCCAAUGACUAUUGGAGUUUGCCUCUUACUGGCCCCCUGGUGUGGGAAGAUGGUGAGACAGGCAAGAAGUGCGUACUCCGGAACUUGGGGUUUCAAGCUGCCAUUGACCUGGUGUGGCCCGACUGCUGCAUUGGCACUAACUCGAGCAACAAUACACUGCUCUUCCUGAUAAACCCGGAUGCAGAGGAAGAACCGGAGGAAAGAGUGUGCUUGAAAGCCUCGCUGUCUGACAACAGCACAGCAACGCUGCCGGAAACCAGCAUGCUCCAAAGCAUGAUUAUCAACGAUGUCAAUCUUAUGGAAGAGCUAGGGCUGAACUGCACCAGAGGCUUAGAUUGUCUUCUGGACGUUUCUAAGACGUCAAUUGUGGGCGGAGAAGUGGGACUUAUUCUCGAUGCCAAAGAGUCGGACUACAAGUGUCCGCAAAUCUGCAAUCUCACGGUAAACUCGACCCAGCAGAUGUCUUAUGCAUCUUACGGCAAUGCUGAAGAAACCUUCAUCAAUCUGGGAAAGGCAAUGCGCGAUUGGCAACCGGGUGACAAGAUUAUUUGCAAAUGUCAUGGUAUCGCUGGAGGAGAUGUGACGCAUGUUGCUACGAUGGAGCUCCACGGCCCGUAUUCUGAAAACACGGCUUCUUGCGUUAAGAGCUGGGCAACUUGCGACGUCCCAGAUCUUCUUGGAAUCGGCUACAAGGUUGGUGCCGACCACCUCCGAGUCCUGAAGUCUUGUGACGACACGAAAACCACACCGUUUGAACUGGCGAUGGGCUCGCAUGCCGUCUACGGCGCCGACGGCGUCUAUCGAAUGGAGAGCUUUGAAGCAAUGCGGCCGACUGUAGUGGGAAUGUAUCGUAUGUGCUGGUGCCGCGAGACUGCUGAGCGGAAUUGCACCGUAAAUGGAGACUUUUCCGUUUCUGCCGGAAAUUUCGUCUACAGAGGGCCGAACAUACGGGCCGUGAUGGAUCCCUACGAACUUGGAGGAGGCUGGGGAACUUUCAAGGUUACAGAAGUCUAUGGUACUGGCUUAGAAGCAGGGGAUCGCGCAAUGGUGCUUCCGGAAUGCGGAGAGGAAGCCCCACCAGGUUUGAAUGUCAGUACCAUCUACAAUGAAGUGGACAAAGAGUUGGAUUUUGGCGUGUUAUCAGCUGAAAAUGGCUUGCUUGCCAGGGCCUAUAAGGUUUGCUGGUGUCAGCUGGCUCCGGCGCGUGGCCACUACUGCGACGCGGCGAGUGAGUUCCGAGCCGAGAUUGGAAGUGUGAGAUUCCUAUGUUCACGUCGUUUUGUCGACAGAGACCAAGAUGGCAUCUGCGAGCUAUGCCCCAUGAUGUUUCAGACUGCUGGAGGCUGGGAUGGAAUGCAGUGCGUCCUCGAUGGCGGCCUUUUCUCGCUGACUAUACUGUGGUAUUUGGUCGGAUUGUUGUUGUUCCUCGCCUGCAUGACCAGCCUCCGAUUUGGCAGGACCGGGUUCGUACACGGCGUGCCGAGACUCAUCGAGGACGUUUCGCGGGAGUCUGACACCGUGCUGGUGACUGUGGUAGGGUAUCAUAACCUCACCGUCUUCAAUAAGAUGCAGUCCAUCCCCGUGACCCUCUCGGGCACCGGGCAUUUCCUCUUGGACUCCCGGGGUUCAAAGAGCAUCCCAUUCCGCGUCCGGCCACGCAGUUCGAACACCUUGGAGUUGCUCGAUGCAGAAGGGAACUCCCUCGACUUCCGUGCCGACAGCUCCAUGGGCCUGUUGCAGAUUUCGCUGCCACGAGCCUUGCUACAUUCGACCAUCUUGGCGGUGCGAUUCCCGCUUCUUGCCCAGAUCCUUCUCCUUUCCGCUGGCUGGGCUGCUCUGGGCCUCUACUUGAUGCCCGGUCCAGUGGAGGUUGUCAUUGUGAUCCUGAUCCCUCUUCUUCUGGCUGGGAUGCUUACUUGCGUUUGGUUCUUUGUGCUGCGGACAUCUAGCUCGUUGGCGAGACGGUUGGAAAUGUUCUCAAAGGAGCUCAAGAAGCGGAACCCACAUCCCAAAGCCUGCAAAAAGGGCCCUGAUCGUGCCAUUGCGGUAAGAGAUGUCUUGGAGCUUUACGAGAAGUUCGCGGCAUUCAUUAAAGACAGAAACAUGUAUUACAUCGACCCCAACAUCCUGAGACGCCUGACAUCCACCCGGAAGCUCUCCUAUGCGGAGCUCGUCGGCCCGCAACAGGUGCAGUGGUUUGUGAGCCACUGGUGGGGAACACGCUUCCAAGUUUAUUGCCUGGCUCUGCAACGCCAUGCAAAAGCUGUUUGUGAAACACUUGAUCCGGCUGUAUGGGGAGCCACCAGCUACUGGAUAUGUACGUUCUCAAACAACCAGUACCAGAUUACCGAGGAGCUGGGCACAUCCCAUAAGGAGUCUUCGUUCUAUCUGGCCCUGCAUAGUGGCAUCUGCAGAGGAACCUGCAUGAUCCUAGACGAGAUGGCGAUGCCGCUGAAAAGGUCAUGGUGCCUCUUCGAGUUGCUGCAGACCAUCACGCUGGAGCAAUCACAGGUUGGUUUCAAAGGUUUGUUAUUCUGCACGGAGAAUGGUGUCCUGAAUUUUGGAGCCUCCACCGUCGAGAUGUCAAUGCAAAUUGGAGAGCGCUUGUCAACGCUCAGUCUAGAGGAUGCAGAAGCCACCACGGAACAGGACAAGAAUAUGAUCACCCAGCUCGUGCUGCAAGAAAUGGAGAGCUUCGAAAAGAUCAACACGGUGCUCCGAGAGCACAUCGGUCAUGCUUUGGGGAUCUGCCGGGAUCGGGUUGACGAUGACUUCGACACCUUGUUUGUCAAGCUUGGCACCUUGGACGAGGACAAGCUCCAAAUCGCGCGGGCGAGAAGGGCGAGCGAGAAAGAUACAGGUGAGAGUCCGGCCGGUAUGAGCCGUUCGAGGAUUUGA